UCAGUCACAACGCGCAACUCAGCGUGCUAAGUCGUAUAAGAUACUUGAAUAAAGAAAUCUAAGACUACAUAGAUCGAUCACAAUGCCGUCACCAGCAGCCUACCGUGUGGCUGGCCACGUUGUUGCCCUCGGUCUGCACCUCACCAAUACAGCCGUAAUACUGGGUAACUUCAACGAAGAGCUCCUGAGGACAGAUCCUGACAUCAGAAACCUUCAUUUCAUGCAGUUUAAAUUUUUGACGACAUGGAAUAUGGUCUUCCAAUUGAUGUACGCAACCCUGGGCUUAGUUUGCGACGGCCUUACUCUGCUAGGGAGAGAUGACGUCACGCCGAAGACGGUCAGAAAGCUCAGGAAUGCGAUAUUCGAAUCGAUUGUCUGUCCUUACUCAUUGUUCAUUGUAGGUAUAUUCUGGUCCUUAUACAAUUACAACAGGGAUUGGUUGUACCCAGAGUACAUAGAUAAAGUUGUGUCGUUUAAUAGUAAUUUGGUCAUGCACUUAGCGAUACUACCGGUCGUGCUCUGGGAGUUGAGCUUCCAGGAGAGGACCCGCCCGAAAUCCGAUAAAUUGAGCCUUCAGGUCCUAACGGCCCUGUAUAUCGUAUACAAUCUCGUGAUAUUAUACACUUACUUCCAAAGGAAUUUAUGGCCGUAUCCAUUAAUCUAUCAAGUUUUCGGGACGGUACUGUACCCUAUACUGGUAAUGUUAAUGUUAGCUCUGAUUGUCCUAAGCUACUACGUACAAUGGGAAAUUCACGCGUGGAUCUGGCGUCCCUUGAAAGUGACUCAGAAAAACAAUUGAAUUGCGGAUAUUAUGUCGAAACAGUUCAGCCGACAUGACAUUUAUAAGAUAUACUGAAACAACUUUUAAAGACGGUGGAUUGUGGGGUGACAAAUAGCCUUAUUGGGAUGGAAUGUGAAUAAUUGUGAAUAGACAUGCUUUAACAAAAACCGACUUCAAAUAGAAGAAAAAAAAAAAGAUAUUCCAAUACAAAUUAAUAUACACUAA